UUUAAAAAUAAUAUUAACUUAUUUAAAUACUAUUGCUUAGGCAAUGCCCAUUGUGCAAUUAAGCGCAAUUGAGUGCUAAAUUUUGUAUACGAGUGCCGUGUGCCGCGUGCAGUUACUUUUAGUAGCUGCUGUAGCUGCCAGUUAACCGCCAAAAUUCUCACCGCCAGCAGCAGCCACAACAUGAACUCCUACUUUGAGCAGGCCUCCGGCUUCUAUGGCCAUCCGCACCAAGCGACGGGCAUGACAAUGGGCACGGGUGGCCAUCACGAUCAGACAACGGCCAGCGCCGCAGCGGCCGCCUACAGAGGCUUCCCGCUAUCGCUGGGCAUGUCUCCCUACGCCAACCAUCAUCUGCAGCGCACCACACAGGACUCGCCUUACGAUGCGAGCAUCACGGCUGCCUGCAACAAGAUCUACGGGGAUGCAGGCAGUGCCUACAAACAGGAUUGCCUUAAUAUCAAAGCGGACGCCGUCAACGGCUACAAGGACAUUUGGAACACGGGCGGCGCCAAUGGCGGGGGCGGAGGUGGCGGUGGCGGUGGUGCCACCGCUGGCAACACCUCAAAUGGCUCCAAUGCGCCCAACGCUGCAAAUGGACAGAAUAAUGCGGGCGGUGGCAUGCCCGUUCGCCCAUCCGCCUGCACGCCCGACUCUCGCGUCGGCGGCUACUUGGACACAUCGGGCGGUAGCCCCGUAAGCCAUCGCGGCGGCGGCAGCGCUGGCGGCGGCAACGGCACCGCUGGCGGCGUACCACAGAAUACAGCCAGCGGCGUGGGCGGCGGUGUGGGCGCGGCCACACCAUGGAAUGCCAAUUGCACCAUCUCGGGCGCUGCGGCGGCCCAAACAGCGGCCGCCAGCAGUUUACACCAGGCCAGCAAUCACACCUUCUACCCCUGGAUGGCAAUCGCAGGUGAGUCCACAGCAGAUCCAAGCAAAAGUAAGAUAAGAUCUGAUUUAACACAAUACGGCGGCAUAUCAACAGACAUGGGUAAGAGAUACUCAGAAUCUCUUGCGGGAUCACUUCUUCCAGACUGGCUAGGCACAAAUGGUCUGAGGAGACGCGGCCGACAGACAUACACCCGCUACCAGACGCUCGAGCUGGAGAAGGAGUUCCACACGAAUCACUAUCUGACCCGCAGACGGAGAAUCGAGAUGGCGCACGCGCUGUGCUUGACGGAGCGACAGAUCAAGAUCUGGUUCCAGAAUCGACGAAUGAAGUUGAAAAAGGAGAUCCAGGCGAUCAAGGAACUCAACGAGCAGGAGAAACAGGCGCAGGCGCAGAAGGCAGCGGCGGCAGCGGCCGCGGCGGCCGCCGUCCAGGGCGGGCAUUUAGAUCAGAAUUAGAAUCAAUUCAGCAAAAACAAAAAACAAAAAGAAAAUUAUUGUAACAAAUAAACCCUUUACUUAACUUAAAUUAAUAAUUGCAUAUAUAAAUUAAUAAUAUUGAUAUUGUAUGGUACCAUAAAAGAACUAUUUCAAAUUGUUUGAAAAGCAACCGAAAAUACGUAAAGCGAACAGCAACAAAAAUUACAAAUAAAUUUCGUAGACACUAAGAAAAUGAAGAACUCUAAAAGUAGUUGACAGAACACAGAUCUACUUACCUAGAUACAUACAUACAUACGUAUAUUUAUGCAUACGAAUACAAAAUACAAAUUUUCAUAUAAAGUUCCACAAGAAAUGAUCUUCGUAAACUAUUUGAAAAUUGUUUGCCCGCGUAAGAUUUUUGUUUUAAAACGAGCAAAAUUUAUUUUUCAAAUAUUCUGUUCAAAUGUUGUUUUCCACCAGUGUCGCCCCGCAACCCGCACCCUGCCCUGCCCUGAUCCACACAAAAAAACCCCUUUGUUGCUUACUGCUAUGUUUAAAUUAUUUUGUUCGAAUAAAGUUACAAAUAAAAAAUAUAAAAAAAAAUACUCAUAUAAAAUGUUAAAAGGUAAAAUUUAAAUUCUGUUGAUAUGAAUUUUUGUAAGGCGCGUUUUUAAACCAAUUAAAAACAAAACAAAAAAAAAAGGAAAACACAAA